UUUUUUUUCACCAAUCUCCUGUGCCUGCGAAAUUGUUGUAAAUGUAUAAAUAAAAUUACCGAGACGAGCUUAAGCAUCGUGGCAAACAUGGAAGAAAAGCAAGUUAUUGAUGAACUUCCAUAUUUUCCUGAAAAAUAUCCGGGAAAAGCAUGUUGUCUAUGUAAUCUUGGAGAGCGCAGCGCCCUGGGUCAGGGAACAAUGCUUCAACUAAAAGUGCCUACCAAUUUCAUCGAACAACAUCCAACGUUUCCCACUGUCAGCACGGAUAAAGAACUGGAACUGUAUCGUAAAUUAAGUACUGCCACAAGAAGUAAAACAGGCAAUGUCGAGAACACCUAUGAAUUGAACAGAAUCGGCUUUGCGGAAAUGCUAAAUGCUGCAGUGUUUAUUGAUGAUGGCUUUGUUUAUGUGCACCAAAUGUGUAUAAUGUGGUCGCUGCGUAAGGUGCAAGUUACGGAUUUAGAAGUAGCACAGUUAUUAAGUAAUCUUCCUGAGUUUCUGGAGCAAAAAUGUAGCUUUUGUGGUCAGCAUGGAGCGUCAGUAACGUGUAAGAUGAACUGCCGACAAGUGCAUCACUGGCCCUGUGCUGCUGCAGCUAGCUGUUUGCUUAUUUUGGAGAGUUUUACAUUAUUUUGUACCGAACAUUUAAGCCAGGUUCCAUUAAUUUGUACCGACAAUAAUGUUGAAUGCCUUAGCUGCUCUUCAUUGGGCGAUCUAUCAAAAAUCGUUAUGUGCUGUUCGUGUGGCGAUCAUUUUCACACCACAUGCAUAGGACUUGCAAACCUACCCGAUACGCGCUCUGGGUGGAAUUGCUCUCGCUGCACAAAAUGCCAGAUUUGCAGGCAAUCCGAUACAAUGGACAUCAAAUUUGUGAAAUGUGAGCAAUGCCAAAAGAUCUACCACGCCACCUGCCUGCGCCCAAUCAUAUCCUCAGUACCCAAAUACGGCUGGAAAUGCAAUCGCUGUCGUGUCUGCACGGACUGUGGCUCACGUACACCGGGCGGAGGAAGCUCAUCGCGCUGGCAUAGUCACUAUACCAUCUGUGAUUCUUGCUAUCAGCAAAGGAACAAAGGUUUUUCCUGUCCGAUUUGCCAAAAGGCUUAUAGAGCAGCUGCAUACAAAGAAAUGGUUAAAUGCAGCUGGUGUCAUAAGUUUGUUCACAGCACUUGUGACGAGGAAGCUGAUUUAACUGCUUAUCACCGAAAAAAGGAAUAUAAUCCCGACUAUGACUAUGUCUGCCCCAAUUGCAAAUGUAAUCCAACAAAUGCGACAUUUAAAACUGAACCGUUGGAGCGCAGCAUUAGCGAAACACAAGCGACAGAACAGUUUAAGGAUGUGGACUUAGUUCCAUUGGAUAACAAGUGUUUGGUGGAAGUGGGUGGAAGUGAAGAUCCAUUGAAGUUACCUGGUACAAAAAGAAAAGUUUGCAUAUCCAAUAUGCGUGGGAAGGGUGGGAAGUUUGUGCUGCAACGUAUGGGCGCAAUGUCGUCACAGCUGGUCGGAAAGAAGCGCAGCUCACGGGGCAAAGGACGUCAGUUGGUGCUUCAAGGCGGAACUUCGAAUGAGCGCUACAUAAGUCGCAAUUUGGACACUGACUUUUCAAGUGACAAGAAAAUGCUACUCUGCUCUGAGCGCGAUAAAUUCAUAAUCACGCAGGAUGUUUGCGUCAUGUGUGGUUCUGUGGGUAUAGAAAGCGACUCCGCGCUAAUUACCUGCGCUCAAUGCGGCCAAUGUUAUCACACAUAUUGCGCCAGUGUCAAGCCCUCUCGGAGUAUACUGCAAAAAGGCUGGCGUUGCCUCGAUUGCACAGUUUGCGAGGGUUGCGGCAAAAAGAAUGACGAAGCACGCCUGCUGCUUUGCGAUGAAUGUGACAUAUCCUAUCAUAUCUACUGUGUGAAUCCACCGCUCGAAACAGUGCCACAUGGUAAUUGGAAAUGCUCUUUUUGCACUAUUUGCCAAAAGUGCGGUCACAAUCCUAGCGAAAAAGGCGACAACGCGGAUCCUGAGUGUCCACCCUGUGCUAGCCAAACAGCUUGCGUUAUUUGCAAGAAGUCCUACAGGGAAGGCGAAAUGAUUAUUCAAUGUGAGAGUUGCGCCUUUUGGUCACACUUUCUAUGCGAUUCUCAGAAUACGCAACUUAAAUUUGAGUAUUAUGCCAAUAAUUUUUACAAAUGCUUAAAAUGCCGUAAGGGCACCAAAAUGACGGCUUUACAAUUAAACUGCACUGAAGAUGUAAUUGCCACUACAAAAUAUUCAUCUGACUUAAGCCAAGAGCCAAAGAAUGGUAAUAGCUUGGCUCUAGGAAACGAGCUACUGGAGAGCUCAGAAGCUAUACACUGGAUCGAUGGAGUUUGCCUUAGCGAAAGCGGAUUAAAUAUGAUAAAGUCACUGUCAACGGAAAUAAAACGCAAGCGUAAGAUGCGCCAAACUUUGAUCCAUGCCAAUAAGGAUGGACAAAUGGAUGCUAACUUGGCCGAUGAAUCGCCAGGUGAAGUCUUUAAGGAUGGCAUGAUAUGGGAAAAGACAGACACAAGCUUACCGGAGGGUUUUUCGAUUUCCACAAAUGAUGAUGGUGUGCACAUUUUGCGCAAAAAGCGUCAACGUAACUUACAAAAAUUGGGCAUUGGUGGUUUCUCCGUGCGGAACCGAGCGCUCAAAAAGGAUAAUGACGAGACUGUUGAUCAGUUGAAUGCCAUGUUGACCGUAGACAAAAAAAAGAAAAUGAUGCGCAAAAAACAAAAGAAUAGAUUAAUUGAAGCAUAUCCCGCCUACUUGCAAGAGGCUUUUUUUGGCAAACCACUAUUAGAGUCAGGCGAUGUGGCGGUGUACGAAUCUGAAUCUUCUGAUGAAAUCGACACAUCUAUGAAGGCAUUCUUUACGCAAGCAAAUGGUACAAAACAUGUUGAGGAGCACACUCGAAGUCCAUUCAAGUCGAUGAAGAAGACCAAAGCUGAGAAGCCCAUGCCAGAGACUAUGAAUGUUUUUGUGGAGCAAUCUGUAGCAAUGAGACAGAAAAACAAUCCCGUUUUUGCAGGGGAUGAUACUAUGUUUGACGCGUCCGUAACCGAAAUUGCCAACAAUACAUCAACACAAGUUCAAACUAUGGACUCACUUGUUCCUCAGGGUAUACCAGAAAUUGACCUGGCAGCUAGUACUGUCAAUUUUAUUCCGCAAAAAGAUAUAAAGCCCAAUGUGUGUGAGCAGUCCACUACAGCGUUAGUGGAUAAUUAUAGUGUUUCACCGCAGUUGAAGCCAGAGCAAAAGUUGCAUACGCAAUUACCUAUGAGAGGAAUGCCACCACAAUUUUAUCAACAAACAAAAGUGCCAAACAUGACUACACAAUUGCCACAACAAAUUGAAGAGAUUAAACCAGCUGAGCCUGUACUGGAGGGCAUAACUGCUGGUCCUCAAAAGACGGCUGAGAAAAUGCGCAAGGAUGAGGAGCUUGGUCUAAUGGCUACCAUAUCGGCUGUGCUUUAUGCCAACACUGAACAUGCCAAUUUAAAGGAGCUCUAUCCUAAUUGGAACGAUCGCUGCAAGCAGAUUCUGAAAAAGUGGCGGUCAUUGUGCAAUGAAAAAAAGGCGCCGUUCUUGCAAAAGGCCAAGGAUAAUAGAUCUGCGUUGCGACAAAGGCGUGAACAGUGCAAGAUAAGUCAGCCGACAAAGUUAAACCAGCUUCCAGUAAAGCAAGAUGAUUCUUCAGUGCGUGCUUGGAAGCAUCAUCCGUGUAAUCCAAAGGAAGAACAAACGCAAUUGUUUGGGAAUUACAAUGGCAUCGCAUAUGACAACUGCUAUAUGGGAACGAAUAUUCAGAAUAUAAAUUCGCUCCAUGCAGCAGCGGGAGCAGCGGCACCAAUGCUCACUGAGAGUAUUGCUGUCAAAUCUGCAGUGCAGCGAACUACUGGCCAAAAUUCCACGACAGUUUCUUCAGCUGUAUCAUUGAAAAUGUCUUCUUCGUUGGAGCAACGUUUGGAAAGCAGUGCAACGUAUGGCAGUGAAACAGUUGGAGAUAAGAAAUUAAGAAAUCUACUGCAGAAAAGUAAUGACCACGUGUUUAUGGGCUCAGGCUCUGAGUAUUUUUUGCAAAAUGAUGUCUUAAGACUAGGUAUGAUGCAGAGCUCGCAAAAUAAUCCCAUGUUGAGCAUGAGUGGUAAUCCACAGCAUACGGAGGUGCGAGGAAUUGAUAAUGAUAAACAUCAGAUAGACAUAAAGAUGACAGAGUCACAAGAGGCAAUUUCAUCUACAGCAGUUGAGCUAGAAAAUGUGGGCUUCGGUGAUAUAUUGGGCGGUUUUGGUGAGGGAGAUGAUGAUGAUUUACUGAAAUCCCUAACAUCCGAGAUAGGUGACGAUUUUAAUAUUCUUGAGUAUGCUGAUCCAGAACUUGAUGUUAACGUACUUAACACAUUGGAUUUUGAGGACAAUGAAAAGAGCUCAGCGUAAACAUAAGACAUAGUUUUUUGGUUGCUACGUAUACAGUUUACUGUAUAUAUAGUGUAAAGCUAAUUAUAAGCUAUAGUAUAUGUUAUUUUAUAAGCAAAUUCCUCCAUAAGCUUCUAAUAUUUAAAUAGCUGUGCCCUUAUACUCCAAGUCGUAUAUAAUUUCAUUGUUGUGAUAUUAAACUUCAAUGGACGUUUUUGAUAAAAAAAAAGUCUAAGUAUACAUGUAUUUUUAUAAACCAAUAAAAUG